AUGACUGGGCCAAGCACCAAGGUACUCAAGGGCAGGCAAAGGCGACCCCGUGUACCUGAAUCACUGCGAAAGAGGGCGGCACAAGCAUGCUUACCUUGUCGCCAGCAUAAAGAAAAGUCUGAAAAGGUGGAGGCGGCAAUCCUUGUGCUCGAUGUCAACAGCAUCAAAGGACAUGCCGGUUUGAGAGUACCAGGCACCGGCAACUACCGGCAGUCCAGAAUGGCCCGUCUGGGUGAGCCUCUAUCAAGAACAUUGCUCCAUCUAGAAUCAAUAACUGACAUUCGUGAAAGUGAUGGGCAGCCGUCAGAACGGCAUGCCAACGAACUUCAAAUGAAGCGAAUCAUCACUCACUUCUUAGGUGACGUCUCCUUCGAGACCAGCAACCUCCAGAAAAUUGCAGACACCCUAGAUCAAGGUCGGGAUCAGGAGCAGUCGGAUGAUGAUUCAGUUGGUUCAAACGAUGCUACCACAACAAAUGACUACUCUAUAGAUCCCCUUUCAACUAGCACAAUGCAUUAUUCGGGGGAGCUGUCCCAUUGGAACUUCUCCAGAAUGCUCGGACGACGACUGCAAAGUAUCGGGGAAAGGACAGGGCAAAGCAAGAGCGUUGAUCAGGCAGAAGGUUUCUUUCGGGCCACUGCUCUCCAGUCACCUGGCUCUUGUGUUGCCGUUGCAAAAACAUACUUUCCCCCAAGACAUAUCGCGGAAUUCUUGACAAGCGCUUUCUUGAAAUUCAGCCAAACGAAUUAUUUUUACUUUCACGAAGCUACUUUCCGCGAGAAACUGGACUUCUACUAUGCCACUGAGCACCCACUCUCGAUCAAUGAUGCUGGUUGGAUAUGCACUCUUCUCAUGACUUUUGCAAUUGGCACACAGUUUGCCCAUAUGCAGACCAAAUCGAUACCUGGUAGUAGUGCCUCUGCUACUGAAACUAGUCCUGAUGAUCAAAUCGGAUUGGAACUCUAUCGGUUUUCGUGUCGGCUCAUUCCGGAUCUUGUGACGGUUGCAAGUGUGGAGACUGUUCAGGCAUUCUUACUUCUGGGUGUGUAUACUUUGCCGAUAGAUACAGCAGGUUUGGCAUACGUUUACUAUGGCCUUGCAAUUAAGAUGGCAAUUCAAAAUGGCAUGCACCGCAAGUUAUUGGAAGGCAACGUCGCCCCAGAGAUUAUUGAGGUGCGAAAUCGCCUUUGGUGGUCUGCAUACUCGCUGGAAAGCCGCAUCAGUAUUCUACAUGGUCGUCCCGUGUCUGUGUCUCCUGCCGAAAUCGAUACCCCCAUGCCUGUCGAUCUCCCCUCCCUACGACCAAAUGAGCAAUUAACCAAUCUACCCAGCUUCACCGCUACGAUCGUCUUAACAAAUCAUUUGGCAAAGGCUGCGGAAGCAAUGAGGUCUCUCCGGCGUUGCCAGAGAGCCAGAAAGAAGAAGUAUAUUCGGCAACUUGCCGCAACCCGCGAUCAACUAUGCUCAUGGUGGGAAGGUCUUCCCACCGAAACCCACUGCCGAGAUCUCACUCCUGCCGGAACAUACUUCCGUUGCAACGUGCACCUUGAAAUCUACUACAGGACAACGUUGAUCUACAUGGGCCGUCCUUUCAUUAUAUCCCAAGCAACAUCUGGGUCAUUCAACCUAGACUCGGCCUCAACCGUUCAUGAGGUUCCAGAUAUUGUGAACACCCUCCGACGUGACUCACUGCAUGCGGCACUUCGAGUGAUCGAGCUUUGUCAGCUUUUACAGGACACCGUCGGCCUCGCGCGUGUGUCGUACACCGAAUUCAAUGGGUGCCGGGUUGCUUUAUUAGCGCUCAUUGCCCACAGCAUCAACGAACCAACUAGCAGGAUAUCCAGCGUCUUGACUCAAGGCAUAGGACUUAUCCGUCAGAUCUGUCCCGGGCUAGAAUCCGCGCGAUCUGAGGUGGCUGUGAUCGAAGCCCUUGAACGGGCAAGACAACGACUGCAUAAUCAUACCCUCGCGGAUCAGAGUGGUGAGACAGAUCAUACAACAGGCUAUGAUCAAUUCAAAGAAUGGGCCAGACUUUGGCGAAGUGAUCCGUUGGAUGGUAGCGAUGUCCUCUCCACAAAUUUGGACGUGCCCUAUGAACAGCGCUCGCCCAACUCUGUUCCUUCUUUUGAUGGAUUUUUCUCAUCUUUCCCCAAUGAGCUCGGUGAAUUCGCCGCCAUUCCGGGGCUAGAUUACGACUUAUCACUAGCCCAGGAAUGGUUGGGUGGCCCUCAACCUGAAGGAUCUGAGUGGAUCAUGAAUCAACCGCUCUGA